UAUAAGAUAUAAAACAUCAAAAAUGAUAAGAGGGUUCGCACACGAUUAUAAAAGUCGCUUUGUCCCUUUAUAUUACCAGUUAACGAUUAAUUAAGCACCAAGAGCAAAUACAUAGGAAGAAGUAAAUCAACGUUCGUUUUUCAUCAUGAAAGGAGAGAUUGCGAUAAUAGUCGCGUUUGCGGCUGUCACGGUUACGGCCUAUUACCCUGGAGACACACCAAUACUGCCGGUUCCAACGACCUGUCCAGAUGAGGAUCCCGUAGAUCGAACGGUGCAUUUGGCACAUGUUAAUUGCGAAAAAUUUUACAAAUGCUUAGCCGGGGAAAAGAUUGAAAUGUUGUGCCCACUCAUGGACAGAACACGAAGAUUGCACUUUAACAAAGUCUUACAAGUUUGCGAUUACCCGUCAAGAGCCGGUUGUGCCGGAUCUGUAACUCCAUCGACGCAGACGCCACCGACACAAUUUCCGCCGACGCAAACGCCGCCGAUUCCGACCCCUACAAGCUGCCUUAAUGCCCCAAAUAACGCAUUGAUCCCACACGAAAAACGCUGCCACUUGUACUACAGGUGUGAUGGUAAAGGACAAGGUCAUCUCGAAAGAUGCGAUAUAGGAGAAAGUUUCAAUCCGAUAGAACAUGUAUGCGAUAAGUCUGGCGUAUGCUUACUCACAGAUAUUUGCAAGGAUUUCAGAGAUGUAAACGAGUUAUAUGUCGCCGAUCCUGUGUCCUGCCAAUCCGUUUAUGUUUGUAACGAAUUGGAUACGGUGAAAUUGUAUUGCGGAAACGGCUCAGAAUGGAGCAAAGAAGAAAAGAAGUGUUUGCCAGCUAAUCAGGCAAAUUGUAAGGUGUAAUUAGAAGCGACAUAUUUGUCCAACUUGUACAUCUUAGAAUAAGGCAUAUUCUGUAUUUAAUGUUUUAUUCGUCGAUUAUUUCUCAUAUAACUUAUUAAAUGUUCCACGUUCGCUCUUACAACGUUUGAUUUAAUACAAUAUUUUCGAUAUGAAUAAAUAUUGUACAGGCAUCAUAGUUACUAAUUCGUUCUAUUCCCUUCUAUGAACUAUUCUACAUUUACUUAAAGCCGAUUAUUUUAAUUGUUGAAAUCAAUUUGAAAUUUAUAAUCAAAUGGAAAAAAAAAAAAAAAAAAAGAAAGAAAAGAGAGAUGAAAUUACGCGCUAAUUUAAUAAAGCGAUUCGCUUUGAAGGAGGAAAGUGGACUGCGCUAUUAAGGAAUACCGAUGAUAAACGUAUUUUGCGAAGGUACAUGUAUUUAAAAAUUAUUACACAUUUCUAACAUUCCAAGGCAUUAGAGUGUUAAAUAACUUAUAAAGUAAAGGUAUGUCAAAAGUAAAUGAGUAAAUAAAGAAAAGAUCUUAAAUAAAAAUUAUAUUAAAAUGUCCGAAGGUUCUAUUAAUGCUUCAGAUACUUUUAGUAAAAUUAAAUAAUAUACAUUUAUAGCUAAGACUGCACACAAAUGAUAGUAAGAAAAAUGCGUAUACGAAAAAAAGAAAAAUAACGAUAAUGAUCAUAAUAAUAAUAGUAAUAAUAAUAAUAAUAAUAAUAAUAAUAAUAAUGAUGAUGAUAAUGAUAAUAAUAAUAAUAAUAAUAAUAAAAGAAAGGAAAACAAAAAGAAAAAGAAAAGAAACAAAUUAAAUAAAGAUUAAAUUGAACGUGUAACUUUUGCGAUACCUUCACUGAACGAUACUAUUAUAAUUCGCAAAGAAUGUUUGCUAAAAAAUAAAUUAUUAUAGUAAGAA